AAGCAUUUGUGUUGUGUUAAUAUAUGCAUGUAAUUACUUGCAAAUGUUAGUUUUAGAUAAUGCAUGCGUGGCUACGUAAGUGUUUGUGUGUGCGUAAUAGCGGACAGUAAAAGUGGAAUGUCUGAAGAGGGCUGAAUAGCUCCUUAUUGUUCAGCCCAGCAGAGAAGCGGCCAUUCAUACAAAAAAAAGCACAUUACUCUUCUUUAGGGUCCUCAGUUGCUAAGGGCCCCUCGUUGUCUUCAGGCACACCCUUUAUUGCCAUGGCCACUCGUCUUUACACUGCCAGAUUUGUAAAUACUGCCAGGGCUGGACAAAGGCAGAAGCUAGCCCACAAACUGCACUACAGACCUACUGCACUACAGACCUAGAGCCAGAUCAGAACCACAGACAGUCGCUGCUGGCAGGGUUAACUCACAUUAACCGCAUUAACAACUGCAGCUUGUGAUCAAAAGGCCUUCUGACUGUCUGAUUCAGAAUGCUGGGGGAAGAUUUUGGAUUUGGCUCAAGUCCUGAAGAUAAACUUCUGAGCCUGCUGCAAGAUACAACCCAGAAACUACAGGCACUGUUACACUCAGGAACAACCAUAAGUGCAGAGGAACCUGGGCCUGAACUUGCGAAGGAAGACUCAGCAAGGCUUCUUAAGAAGCUUUUUCAGCUCUUUAAGGAUUGGAGUGUGCUGCACACGCACAGGGUAAGACUCCUGAGGGAAGAACUGAACGUGACAGCACACACACUGACAGAGCAAGAGAGAAAACCAAAUACUACUGAAAGAGACUCUCAAAUAUCAACAAACAUCGGCGUCUCCAGGGAGUCUAAUCUUCACAAGCAUGCCUACAUCACUGACGUCAUUCUGAACGUGCUGGAAGACGUGCAAAAUAUUGAGAAGAAACUGCAUUCAGUCACAAGCAAACUUGAGAGAGCAAUCAGUGUUCUCUCUAAAACUAAGCUAGACUUUAAGGAAGCUAGGCAAGACAACCUGGUCCUUCCACAAACAUCUUCUGAACAGCCAUGUGUUCCUCAAGAAUUGAUUCCAGAUGAUAUUUCCACUGUAUCACAGGAAUGUGACCUUCAAAGUACCCCAGACCCCAGAAAGAAUAGACACCAUGACUUAAGUGACUCAUCUAAUGAAUGCAGAAUUGUUCCUGUAAGAGGAGUAGAUGCACAGAAAGAGAAUAAUGUUCAGAAUGAUAGUGAACUGGUAAAGAAUGCAGGAACAGAUGUCCACAAAGUUCACCUUGAGGCUGUUAAUGAUGGAGAGAUGACUAAAGAACCAGUGGAUGAAGUGAUUGAAGAAAGAGGGAAUAUAGAGAAAAGUGAUAAAGGAGGCAGACCACUAAUGCAAUCUUCUGAUUGUGUGAGCCAGACACAAGACUUGGCAACAGUAAGUUUAACAGACUCAGGCAGUUCUUCCUCCAAACCGGUCUGCUACAUCACCGGCCCAGUGAAAGUUGCAAAGCUCAUCACCUGUAAGGUUGUGGAUGGCCUCAGCUCCCUCAUGGUGUCUGGAUCAGAGGAGUUGGUGAGCAGCGUGCUCAGGAUUGAAAUUCCCAGCAGCACCAAAAGUCCCUUAUUCCCAUUAUCCAUAGCUAUGCCUUUUCGAGCAUCUUAUCGUGGGUACUACCGUGAGGUCACGGUGAAGGUGGUGGACCAGGAACAGAGGGUCAGCUACGUCUCUCCUAUAGCCACAGAAAGCAGCUAUGAAGGUCACAGGGGUUCAUUUGCAGUGGUGCGAGUUUACACCCUUGGUGUAUUUGCAGUUGUGUCCCGUUUGCAGAGGGAGACUUUCACCAUCCCAAAGAGAGGGAUCUCUGUCAAGCUCACUGUGGAUCCCAGAAUAUGCCUGGAUUACUCGCCUGGAUCUUUCACUACACCAGUUGUUGCCCAAGCAAUGGUGCAGCCAGUAGAUGCCAUACUGCUGAAUUCACUGAAGUCCUGGAAUGAUUCCUAUCGCUCCAUCCUCACCACUAGCCCUCUACUUUACCUCAAUCACCCUUCAACCUUAUCCUUCAGACGACCUGUGACCAUAACCCUGCCCUGUCCUCCCAACCCUGACAAGAGGAAAACAGGAGAAGAUAACAGCCACACUCGUCCCAACAGCAAAGCACUUCGGCCUGAUACUUUCCCACCCUGUCAAAUCAGAGUUUUGAGUGCUUCACUCAAGUCAUCCAGAGAGCUGUGUAAAGAGCAGCUGGCUGUAUUGGGCUGGAGAGAUGAGCAGUGGAAUGUUCUUGAUCAGAUCAGUGUGAGGAACCUCCAGAAUGGCCUGGUCUCUUUUGAUCUAAUGGACAACUGUGAGCGACUGAUAGUCCUUCGUCUGCUCUCCUCGAUAAGACCACCCUGCCUGACUUUCUUCGCUCAAGACCUGGAGGAGUCAGUAAGGACUUGUGCUGUAACUGUCGUCCUCCACACCAAGCGAGAGGACCCCAGCAAUGCAAUCCUGGCUGCCCAUCCCAGCAGAGAUCUGAGCUGGGCACUGAAUGAAUUUCGGGCCCAGGCUUAUUUUGGGCCUCCAGAGCCCUCCACUGAGUUCUCCAUGAGGGAGGGAGAUCAGCUACUGCUGAAAUUCAGCGGGAACAUUACCAGUGCAGCAGGUGACCAGGGCACAGCGCCACACACAGUCACACUCCACAUUCAGAGACGGAAUUGGCUCUGCCUGAAGCUGAAGGAACAAGACCCAUUUGGAAACUACAGCUCACCUCAUUACAAAGGCACAGCCAUUCUCUUCCGUAUCCCCAGAGAUCAGCUGGUCUGGAGAGGAGACCAAGCGGUCAUAUCUGAAGAUUACAAAUUAGAGGCACCAGUCUGCAAGCUGUCACUCACUCUCCCAAAGACUGUGAAAACUCUCAACAGACCAAUGAGUGCAAAAGUCUUACGGCAUGACCAGAGAGAGCUGCUGUGUGAUGAGCUGUUAGCCUGGCUCUCGGGUGAGCUGUCUGAAGAGGAUGCUGCAUUACUGGUCAUGUGUCUUCGCCUGCGCCGCUCAACCGUCCAGCUGGCCCGACUCCGAGCCCCGGACAGCCUCUCUCUGCAGACCUUCAACAUCCUGUCCACCUGGAGGCGCAGCCUGCCCUCCUCUACACCAAAACGCCCUCUGCUGGCACGCUGUCUGACCCACAUUGGCAGACCGGAGCUGGCUGCAGAGCUGCUGAGGAGAGGCCCAGCUGUGGAUGAAGGGGAGAGGAAACAUGUUGAACCAUGGAGAUUCAAAACACUGAGGAGAUCCGUAACAAGCCAUGGAACUUUAAGGCAAUCCAUCACAUUGGAGUGAAGCAGGAUUUGAAAAAGAUGAUAAAAACAGAAUGUUCUGUGAUGGUAGCAACCCAUGAUAGUCCACUGACAUUCAUGUAAAGCAAUGAGGUAGAUAAUUCAGCAAAAACACACAAAAAAGGCACAACAAAUACAGAAAAGUCUCAUUAAAAAAUAAAACAGAGUAGCA